CUACAACGCACUUCCUUUCCUGACGCAAGUACCCGGCAAGGCUGUAGCACGCCUUUUAUUUUGUGGCCGUUGUGCAGCAAAACUGGAUUUUACAACGACUCCGAGCAGACAGACACACGACAGGGUAACUUUCACACGGUCCUAGCUUGACAAAUUAGUUCAACCAUGUCCCGUUUCUUUGCCACCGGGUCUGACAGUGAGUCAGAGGAGUCCUCGUCUGCCGACGAGAUCACCCCUAAAGCAUCCGGGGCAACAUUCAAGCAGUCGUUGCUUCUUAGUGAUGAUGAGGAGGACACUAAGAGAGUGGUGCGCAGUGCCAAAGACAAGAGAUUUGAGGAGUUGACUAACCUCAUUAAAACCAUCCGCAAUGCCAUGAAGAUCCGUGACAUGGCUAAAUGUCUGGAGGAGUUUGAGCAGUUAUGUCGAGCCUUCAUUAAAAGCAAGAACAUCGUGGACAAAGAAGGUGUUCCUCCUUUCUACAUCCGGCUUCUGGCUGACCUGGAGGACUAUCUGAACCAGCUCUGGGAGGACAAAGAGGGCAAGAAGAAGAUGAACAAGAACAACGCAAAAGCCCUCAGUACACUGCGUCAGAAGAUCCGCAAGUACAACAGAGAUUAUGAAACGGAAAUAGCUGCAUACAAGGAGAACCCACAAGAGUCUGCAGAUGAAGAGGAGGAGAAGGAGCCAGAGGAAUCUGGCUCCUCCUCUGAAAGUGAGACAGAGGGAGGUGAUGAAGGUGUAUCAGCCAAGGCCUUUUUGAAGAAAAAGCCUGAGGCUGUUCCAGAUGCCAGCAAGUUCCUCAAGUCUGCCAAGGGAUCCGGGGAUGAGUCGUCUUCCAGUGACGACGACGAGGACGAUGAAGACUGGGGCUCAGACACCGUAGAUAGUGGCAGUGAGAGCUCAGAUGAAGGAGAGGGAAAGAGUUCCUCCCUGGCUUUGGUCUUCCUCAAGAAGACCCAGGAGAGUGAGAAGUCCACUGAAAAGAAGGUCAGCAAGAAGAAGAAGCUCAAGAAGAAGGAGCGGCUAGAGGAGGAAAUUGAGGAAGAAGGAGAGGAGGUUGAGGGAGGCUGGGAGAAGGUGAAGGGAGGUGCCCCCAUGGUCAAGGAAAAGCCCAAGAUGUUUGCCAAAGGCACAGAGAUCAAUGUACCAGUGGUGGUGAAGAAGCUGAAUGAGAUCCUGCAAGCAAGAGGCAAAAAGGGCACAGACAGGGCUGCCCAAAUUGAACUGCUGCAUGCACUGGCAGGCAUAUCUAAUGAGCAUAACCUGGGUCAAGGAAUCCUGGUCAAGAUUAAGUUCAACAUCAUUGCCUCCCUGUAUGACUACAACCCCAACUUGGCAGCUUUCAUGAAGGCUGAUAUGUGGAAAAAGUGUCUGGAAUGUAUUGACGAGCUGCUGGACAUCCUCUUUGAGAACAACAACAUCUUCAUUGGAGAGAACAUAGCCGAGGACAGUGAGACCCUAAGCAUCUCUGACCAGCCGUUCAGGGUGCGUGGCUGCGUCUUGACGCUGGUGGAAAGAAUGGAUGAAGAGUUUACCAAGAUCAUGCAGAACACCGAUCCCCAUUCUCAAGAAUAUGUUGACAAUCUGAAAGACGAGGGAAGAGUUUGUGGCAUCAUUGACCGGCUGCUAAACUAUUUGGAGAACAAGGGCUCCACAGAGGAGAUUUGCCGCAUUUACCUGCGCAGGAUCAUGCACACCUACUACAAGUUUGACUACAAGGCCCACCGGCGCAGCCUCGGCCUCCAGGGAGAGACCAAGUCUGAGCAGGACCAAGAGGAGAGCGAGAGCGAUGACAGCGCCAUCAUCAUGGAUCGCCUCUGCAAGUUCAUUUACGCCAAGGAUCGCACGGACCGUAUCCGCACCUGCGCCAUCCUCUGCCACAUCUAUCACCACGCUCUGCAUUCGCGCUGGUACCAGGCCCGAGACCUGAUGCUGAUGAGCCACCUGCAGGACAACAUUCAGCACGCCGACCCGCCCGUACAGAUCCUGUACAACAGAACCAUGGUCCAACUGGGCAUCUGUGCUUUCAGGCAGGGCAUGAUAAAAGACGCCCACAAUGCUCUGUUGGACAUCCAGUCUUCUGGCCGCGCCAAAGAGCUGCUCGGUCAGGGUUUGCUCAUGAGGAACAUGCAGGAGAGGAACGCUGAGCAGGAGAAGAUUGAAAAGAGAAGACAGGUGCCGUUCCACAUGCACAUUAACCUGGAGCUGCUGGAGUGUGUGUACCUGGUUUCAGCCAUGUUGCUGGAGAUCCCGUACAUGGCUGCCCAUGAGUUUGACGCACGCCGCAGGAUGAUCAGCAAGCAGUUCCACCACCAGCUCAGGGUGGGAGAGAGACAGCCUCUACUGGGGCCCCCAGAGAGCAUGAGGGAGCAUGUGGUAGCUGCCAGCAAGGCCAUGAAGAUGGGAGACUGGAGGACCUGUCACUCAUUCAUCAUCAAUGAGAAGAUGAACUGUAAGGUGUGGGACCUGUUUCCUGAGACUCAGAGAGUGCGUGAGAUGCUUGUCAGGAAGAUCCAGGAGGAGUCACUGAGGACUUACCUGUUCACGUACAGCAGCGUGUAUGACUCCAUCAGCAUGCAGACUCUGUCUGAGAUGUUUGAGUUGGAGAUCCCCACAGUUCACAGCAUCAUCAGUAAGAUGAUCAUCAAUGAGGAGUUAAUGGCUUCACUGGACCAGCCCACACAGACGGUGGUGAUGCACCGCACGGAGCCCACCUCCCUGCAGAACAUGGCCCUGCAGCUGGCCGAGAAACUGGGUAGCCUGGUGGAGAACAACGAGCGUGUGUUUGACCUCAAACAGGGCGUCUACGGAGGCUACUUCAACAGAGAUCAGAAAGGAGGUUACCAACAGAAGCAGUCGUACCAGAGAGGAGAUCAGAAAGGUGGCUACCAGCAGAAUAAGUCCGGCUACCAGAGAGGAGGCUACAGAAACCAGAACCAGGGCAAUUACUGAAGGAUGCUUUAAUAAAGUGAAUGAAUAAAGA